GUUGCCUUGACAGCUUUGCACACUUGGCAUUCUCUCAACCAGCUUCACCUGGAAUGCUUUUCCAACAGUCUUGAAGGAGUUCCCACAUAUGCUGAGCACUUGUUGGCUGUUUAUCCUUCACUCUGCGGUCCAAGUCAUUCCAAACUAGGUUGAGGUCGGGUGAUUGUGGAGGCCAGGUCAUCUGAUGCAGCACUCCAUCACUCUCUUUGGUUAAAUAGCCUUUACACAGCCUGGAGAUGUGUUGGGUCAUUGUCCUGUUGAAAAACAAAUGAUUGUCCCACUAAGCACAAACCAGAUGGUAUGGCGUAUCUCUGUAGAAUAUGGUAGCCAUGAAUUUAAAAUAAAUCAGUGUGUAACCAGCAAAGCACCAUCACACCACCUCCAUGAUUCGUGGUGGCAACCACACAUGCAGAGAUCAUCCGUUCACCUACUGCGUCUCACAAAGACACGGUGUUUGGAACCAAAUAUCAUUGCCCUGUUGAAAAAUAAAUUAUAGUGGGACUAAGCACAAACCAGGUGGGAUGGUGUAUUGCUGCAGAAUGCUGUGGUAGCCAUGCUGGUUAAGUGUGCCUUGAAUUCUAAAUUAAUUUCAGGCACUGUCACCAGUAAAGCACCCCCACAUGCUUCAUCAUGGGAUGUACACACGCAGAGAUCAUCCGUUCACCUACUCAGCGUCUCACAAAGACAUGGGGGGGUUGGAACCAAAAAUCUCAUAUUUGGACUCAUCAGACCAAAGGACAGAUUUCCACUGGUCUAAUGUCCAUUGCUCGUGUUUCUUGGCCCAAGCAGGACUCUUCUUAUUAUUGGUGUCAUUCAUUGGUGGUUUCUUUGCAGAAAUUUGACCAUGAAGGCCUGACACUAAAGCAUUUAUUUGGGCUGGUAACUAAUGAACUUACCCUCUGCAGCACAGGUAACUCUGGGUCUUCCUUUCCUGUGGCGGUCCUCAUGAGAGCCAGUUUCAUCAUAGCUUUAAAAGUUCUUGAAAUUUUCCAGAUUGACUGGCCUUCACGUCUUAAAGAAAUGGUGACUGUUGUUUUUCUUUGUUUAUUUGAGCUGUUCUGGACAUCUUGGUAUUUAACCAAAUUGGGCUGUCUUCUGUAUAACACCCCUACCUUGUGACACACAACUGAUUGGUUCAAACGCAUUAAGAAGGAUAGAAAUUCCACAAAUUAACUUUUAACAAGGCACACUUGAAUUGAAAUGCAUUCCAGGUAACUACCUCAUGAAGCUGGUUGAGAGAAUGCCAAGAGUGUGCAAAGCUGUCAUCAAGGCAAAGGGUGGCUACUUUGAAGAAUCUCAAAUAUAAAAUAUUUAUUUCUGUUGUUGGUUACUACAUGAUUCUAUAUGUGUUCUUUCAUAGUUUUGAUGUCAUCCAUAUAGUAAAAAUGAAGAAAAACCCUUGAAUGAGUAGGUGUGUCCAAACUUUUGACAGGUUCUGUAUGUGACCUCACAAUUUCAACAUUAGUGACAAGGAAGUCAUUUUUCUGAAGUACUUGCACAAUAUUUUGUUUGUUGCAUUUGUGUGUGGUGGAGGAUUGUUAUCACGUUUCAUCAGUGGCGUGCCUGGGGGCUGGGCCUUAAUCCACCUCUUAUUACCAUCAUUAUGAUGCCAUGGCUCUAGACACUAUACAUUUAGACAGAAACGUAGUAUAAAACCAGGUGUUGCGUCACCUUGAAAUUGACAUUUUUAUUCAUAGAAUUGCAGGGGAAGAGUACAAUACCUUUUCAUUGUGCAGCUCCCAUUGCCCUGCGCGCUUGUUCGUUGAGCUGUAGAUCCACUCGGGUGUCCCCAAAAGUUUUCAAAAGCACCAUUGCUUGUAAGUGCCCAGCCGUGUCUCAUUGCUGCCUUGGUUAGACAACUCAAGUUUGCAAAGCCAGUGUGGCUCCAAACACCAAAUCUAUCACUUGCAAAUAAUAGGCAUUCCCAGCAGUACAGUUUGCAGUGCUUCUCGGAGCCUGUGAGCCAUUGAUAGCGCUCGUAGUUGGAACCUUGAAAGUGGCGAACGAACCCCUUUCCCGCCUGUGACAGGCUUUGUAGCGUCAGCGUCAGGCGACCUCUCCUGACAAUGUCUAACAGUUUCUCUUGAGAAUGGUGUUAUAAUUAUAUCCUCGACCAAAUAUCUUCUUCUCCUUCUGCCAUUGUGGGUUAAAAAAACAGCUUAGUAGUACGCAAAUUAAUUAGUUUAUCAAAUUCAGUUUCCUAGUUCUGAGGUUUGCAUAUACCUGCCCAUAUAGGACCUGCCUCUCAAUAUUGGUAAUCCAAUCAAAAGACGUGCACGCACUACGCCUGCUAGCUGGCUACUGUGUAACACUGGAGCCAGCCAGCAGGCGUACAAUAGCCAACUCUAAAGCUGAUUGGUUGACACUAAAUUUUCAUUUCCAUUCACUUUAAGCAACAAGCGCCCGCACUGUUGAUUCUGAAGGCCUGAGGGCAGAUUUUAGACCCCUGGCAAUACAUGAUGGCUGAAUAUGAUUGGAUAAAAGAUCUAACAUAAAGACCAGCCCUCCAAAUCUCAACCUGGGGCUGGAAGCAGUGCAACCAAGAGGAAAGCUAUGAAAUGAAGAGUAUAACUCUCUUACUCUGGGGAAUAAUUUAAUAAAUAUUUGUGGGAAAAUAUAUUUAAAAAAUAUAUAUAUUCUGAUGAUGUUUAGGCUAGCAGAGAAGGCCUUGCUGGCCCUGACGGCCCACCACUGCGUUUCAUCAUUGUCUCAACAUAUUGGUUUUAAGUCUGAUGGACCUCGACAUUGUGACUGAUCGAUAGAAGUAUGGUGGAAUAUCACUAGUAAGUUUGUUUUAUUCUCCAGUAGCUGCCUGUACCACAGCACAUCAAGUCUGUGAAUAUAAAACUAACAGCUUCUUCACCCAAAAUGGUGUAUGCAUAUUAUAAGAUGUGUGCAUGAAGUGUAUGAUGUUACACGUCAGAUGUAAUAUUCCUGUUGUCAUUCUGAAAUACAUUGAAGUAGAAACUUAGUGUGGAAUGGAUUAGGUCUGGGAUCUUUUAACCACUGUUAGUAAUGUCAUAUGAUCUCUCUAGCCAAUCAGAAAUCGAAGACUGACAAAUGCUAUAGUAACACAAAUUGUGCAAUGACUUUUGACAUCCUGGAGUGGUGGACUUCCUGUCUCACAGUAUUUAAGGCUCAGACGUACAUGCUGUAUUGUCACUGGGUGGCAAAAAAAAAAAAAAUGACUAGACUAUUUUUUUGCAUGUUUCUAACUGUAGAUUCCUCAUGGUUGCUAAAGGGUUAUUUGAACUUUUCUUGUGCUACACAUGUUAAACACUGAAAUGUGCAGUGAUGACUUAGUUAUUCUUAUUUUUUUCUAUUAUAUGAUAUUCAUAAAUGUAGUAAUGGCUCAAUUGAUUAGUUAAUUGCAUAAAAAGAGACGUUUAAGGUAUCCUAACAUUUACACAAUGUAAGAAUGUUAAUGUCUAUAGACAUUGCACUUUGAUAGGUCUAUUUGUAUUACAUGUUCAAUUUUACUAAAUAUACGCAGAACGUAGAACUAUAUUGAGCAUACUUCCUGUUUCUUUAGAAGGGAAAUGCUUUUAGAUUUAGAGUAAAGAUGCAUAAUGCAGCUCAAAACUAGACCUAUUUUAAAGAAUCAGGACCGGGAUCUUAAAUGUUAUAGAGUAAAACACCAGCUAUUUCACUUUUUUUCUUAGUGUAGGCACAGCAGGAAAAUAUUAAGGACCUUGAACUUGGAAUCUGAAGAACCCUGCCAUUCACUAGUUCCUGCAACAACAAGCAGCAUCAAGGAUGGAAGCAAGCCUCUGCAAUAUUUCGGACAACAUCACAUCAAAUAGGAGCCUCAUUGAAACCGUUGUACAGUGGACAACAUUCUCCAUUGGUUUUCCUCUGAUCUGUCUGUCAAUUUAUGCCAUGUACUUCCUGAUCAGAGCUGAUCACAUCGCUCCAGUCUAUGUUAUCAACCUUCUUAUUGCAGAUCUCAUUCAGAUUUGCAUGAGGCCAUUCAUACUGUCUGGUACCUGGCAAUUUAUAGUCAUGUUGAUUGAAUUCUUUGGUGUUAGUGCAAGCAUUGGUUUCAUGGUAUGUGUUGCUCUCGAGAGAUAUCUUGUGAUUGCAUUUCCUCUCUGGUACCGAUUUCGCCGUAACAUCAAAUACUCGCUCAUAAUGUCCUCCAUUAUCUGUCUUUUUCCUUUCAUCCAAAUCCCCAUGUUUUACCUCACACCGACUAUUGAGAUUUCACUUAUUUUGUUUGCAGUGAACCUCCUCAUACCCUUUCCACUGCUUGUAUUCUUCCUAGUGGGCACGUUGAAAGCUCUGUCCGUCUCAAUCUCUGUGCCAGCUGUCGAACAGAGACGGAUAAUUGGUAACCUGGCCCUUGCGCUGGGCAAUUACACAGUCCUGUUCCUACCCCUCAUCAUGCAAUAUCUGAUAUCAGGGGUAACAUGCCAACACAAUGUGGAGAUUGUCCCAAUCUUUGAGAGAUUCAGCCCCCUUGGGGAUCCUCUACUUGUGUUCAUGAGAAAGGGAGCUAAGGACACUCUGGCCUUCCCCUGCUUCGACAAGCUCAUGGGUGACGAGGAACAGAGACCGGUCACAAACACUAUGACCAUGACUGAUAGUGGAGUAGAAGGCUCCAGGUCGGACAGAUCCAGGAUAAUGGACUGUAUCUGUAUGAUCCACUAUGUAUAACUCCUAUCAACUAUUUGUUAAAAUUAUCGGAUCGAAACGUUGUCAAAAAAGCGGUGAAUUGGGAGCUUUAACAGUGUGCGGCCUUGUUCUUUUCUUUGUUAAAAUUAUACCAUAAGGGCCUCCCGAGUGGCGCAGUGGUCUAAGGCACUACAUUGCAGUGCUUUAGGUGUCACUACAGACCCGGGUUUGAUUCCAGGCUGUGCCACAACCGGCCAUGACCGGGGGUCACAAGGGGCGGCACACAAUUGUCCCAGCAUUGUCCGGGUUAGGAGACGGUUUGGCCAGGGGGGAUUUACUUGGCUCAUCACGCUCUAGUGACUCCUUGUGGUGGCCCGGGCGCCUGCACGCUGACUUCAGUUGCCAGUGGACGGUGUUUUCUCCGACACAUUGGUGCAACUGGCUUCCGGGUUAAACGGGCGGGUGUUAAGGAGUGUGGUUUGUGGAGUGCGAUUUCGGAGGAUGCAUGACUCGACCUUUGCUGCCGAGCCCCAACGGGCUCGGGAGAGGCAAUGAGACACGAUCGCAUUUGGAUAUCACGAAAUUGGGGAGGAAAAAGGGGGUUAAAAUUUUUAAAUAAACCUACAUUACUUUUAUUGUUGUUAAAAUGUGAAGAGUACAUGCCUUGCUUUUUAAUAUACAAUGCGUAACAUACUGUAUUGUACACAGCCCUAUUCUGCAUUGCACUAUCUUUGUUGGGUUUGUAUUGCAGCUUUUCAGAAAAAUAUGGACUCCUUUCCUUCAAUAAAUUGAUAAUGUGGAUAUUU